GCUCUAAACAAACAAACAGAGCAGCUUAGCCCAUAUAUAGCUGACGACGACACAUUUGACGCCAGUAAUGCUGUUGACGGCCUAAAAUCAGAUUUAGGAGGCUUAAACGGCCAAUGUGUCCUGUCCGCUGAAAACAAAGAGAUAGCCACUUGGUGGGUUAAUCUGUCUAGUGUAAUGAGCAUCCACCACAUUACCAUAUAUUACAGGACGGACAAUGUAAAGUGGGAUUCAAAAAAUGGCUACACAGGAAGAUUUCUAGGAUUUUCCGUGUACGUCUCCAAUACAACAGACAGACUACAGGGAACACUGUGUUACAAGGAUGAAAACUUUACCCGGGCCACCAUACCUGCUGUCUUCAACACCACCUGUCCUGUACAUGGACAGUACGUCAUCUACUACAACGAGAGACUAAAAGAUGUAGAACCUGACGGUUACUCUGAUGAUGCUCACAAUGAACUCUGUGAAGUAGAAGUUUAUGGUUGCAACACAACCGGAUAUUAUGGAGCAAACUGUUCUAUUCCCUGUCCAGACGUGAACUGUCAGUACUGUCACAUAGAGACGGGCACCUGCCAGGGCUGUAAAACUGGUUACCAGGGUCACCGAUGUGAAUUAGUAUGCACGAACAGAACAUACGGAGAUGGGUGCAAAUACGGUUGUGGAUUUUGCUCAAAUUCCACACAGUGUCACCAUAUCACUGGGAAAUGUUUGGAUGGGUGUGAACCAGGAUAUAAGUCUGAUCUGUGUAACCAAAAGUGCGAAUCUAAAACAUAUGGAGUUGACUGUAAUGAAACCUGUGGCCAAUGCCGUGAUGGUAACCAGUGUUUCCACAUCAAUGGGACAUGCUUGACUGGAUGCGAUGCUGGUUAUCAAGGGGAUUUGUGUAAAACAUUAUGCCCUUAUGGAUUUUAUGGACAAGACUGUGCAAAUCAAUGUAACUACAAAUGUUCAGGAUGUAACAAUGAAGAUGGUCGGUGUGACAGGGGAUGUAAUCCAGGAUGGAAGGGAGACUACUGUCAACAACCCUGUGAUGGUAAAUUGUAUGGAAAAAAUUGCACAAUCCCUUGUGGACAAUGCUUUGACGCAGCGCAGUGUCAUCACACCAACGGGACCUGUUUUAAUGGUUGUGACGAAGGUUACCAGGGCGAUAAGUGCAUUGAAGAAUGCGCAGAUGGUACAUUUGGCUACAAUUGUGAAGAAACAUGUGGGGCGAACUGCUACAGCUGCAACAAAACAACAGGUGUAUGUGACUUCGGGUGUAAACCGGGAUGGAGGGGGCAAUACUGUGAUAUGGAAUGCAUAGCGGGGUACUUUGGAGAGAACUGCAGUAGCACUUGUGGACAUUGUUUGAACAGCAAUAAAAACUCUACGUGUCACCAUGUCACUGGAUCCUGCAGUGAGGGGUGUGAACCAGGGUAUCAGGAACCAACGUGUAAGGAAAAAUGUGAAAACGGAACAUAUGGAAUGAAAUGUUCCAAGACAUGUGGCCAUUGCUCCGCUGGAACCGUUUGUUCUCCUCUUAACGGAACUUGUUCAGCUGGGUGUAGUUCAGGGUAUCUUGGAGAUUUGUGCAAUAAAGGUAAUCAUUGUCCCACCAUAUGUCUUAUGGCGCCCGUCUCUGUUUGUCCAGACAAGGGCAUUUACAGAGAAGUAUGGUCUGUACAAAAUCAUACAAACUCAAUAAAAGUCGGACCAACAACAGAGGAUGUUCCAGUAUCUCUCGUAAUUGGACCUAUUAUUGUUGUCCUUGUCAUCGGCAUAUCAAUACUUGUAAUAUUCAUGGUUUUAAAAAGAAGAAGAGUCCAGAAAACCAGUCGGGAUAAGAGCGUCAUUGAUCCAAGAGAGGGUGAUAAACCUGAGUUUGAAAACAUAGAGAUGACAAUUGGAACAAACCGGGGAAAUAACACAAGUCAACCUGGAGUUUUAAAGGCUGAGACGAAUACCAACGAGAAAAUGGAUAACAUUGAAGAUGGGGGUGCUGAUAUCUAUGCUAAUGAAGAUACAAUUGAAGACAUCCGGUUGGAUGAACUAGAGUCGGUCAUAGUAGAUAAACAACAGAAUGACAAUGAAGGGUUUAAAUUGGAAUACCGAGCCCUUCCCUCAGGAGAAACGCGCCAAUGUGAUGUUGGAAAGAAACCAGAGAACAAAACGAGGAAUAGAUUCAAGACGACAUUUCCAUACGACCACUCCCGUGUAAUAUUGACCAUGCAACACGACGGAGCAUCGGACUACAUAAAUGCUAACUAUAUAGACGGACCAGACCGACCGAAACAAUACAUUGCAGCUCAAGGGCCGAAGAAGAAUACUGUCGUUGAUUUUUGGAGAAUGAUCUGGCAGGAAGAGGUCACGUCUGUUGUUAUGCUGACCAAUCUCAAGGAAAGUGACAAGAUCAAAUGCACUCAAUAUUGGCCAGAUGUAAACAGACUGUCAGAUUAUGGACCGGUUUCUGUAAAACUAAUUGGAGAAAAAGAAUAUGCGUUUUACAUUGAAAGAAUAUUAUCCGUACGCAAUAAAGAAUUACAGAAGAUUCGUGUGGUGACACAGUAUCACUACACUUCAUGGCCAGACCAUGGGGUGCCAGAACCAUUGUGCUUGCUUAUAUUUCACCAUCACGUGAUCAGCAGGACAACCAAUGACAAGAAAGUACCGACUGUCGUGCAUUGCAGUGCAGGGGUAGGAAGAACAGGGACCUAUAUUGCUUUGGACGCUCUGUAUCACAUUGGUAAACAAACAGGAAAAGUGAAUGUCGCAGACUUUGUCAAGAACAUGAGAGGACACAGAAUGACGAUGGUCCAAACAAUUGAGCAAUACAUCAUGCUAUAUUUAGCCUUGAAGAAAUCGUUUGAAGCGCCGAUUGAGAUCAAAAGCCUCCCUGAUUUUUGCAGUAUGACUGAGAGAGCAAUGAAAGACAUUCCAGCAAAUCAAAAUCCAAUAAAAGAGGAGUUUCAACAACUUCUCAAAGUCCGACCAAAUUAUAUGGAUGCAGAUUAUAAAAUGGCCAAAGAAGGGCUUCAGAACAUACAGAUAGACACAGUAUUACCACUUGACAAGUACAGUCUGUAUCUCUCGUCCUCGGUCCCAAAUCGUGGCAACUUUAUCAACGCCAUUAAUGUUUCGUCAUAUACCAAUCCUAAGCGGUUUAUUGUGACAAAAUACACGAGAAGAGAUGACGCUGUGGACUUCCUGCGCCUGCUUAACGAUCACGAAUCUCUUACAGUGGUUUGCAUGGAUCCAGUCUACGAAAUUCAUUCGGUUCAGAGUUGGUUGCCUGACAUAUCCGCAUCCAAGGUGGUACCACCCUUCACCGUCCAUUGUCAGUCAAAAUCCGAGACUGAGAUCACACGUCACGUCAUCUUAAUUAUUCAUAAUGACGGCGAGACACAUUCCGUGACGGUCAUAUCCCCAUCUACAAGACUCACCUCUGUUGAUACAUCUCAGCUUCGUAGAUUGGUGUCAGAGGUACUUAAUUCCAGUGCAAAAAAUCCCAUUACAGUUGUAAGCAGUGAUGGGGCUAUUCUGUGUGGUGUCUUCAUCGCUGUCCACAAUGCCGUACAACAGAUUCAGCUUGAUGACGGAGUUGACGUAUUCACUGCAGUCAGACAGUUACAAGUUCGACGCCCAGAGUUAUGUUCCACGUUUGAAGAAUACAAUAUGGUACACAAAACCGUUACGGACCACAUCCAAAGUACUUCGGAGAGCAUAUAUUCAAAUCAGUGAAGAUCAUUUCUAGUUGCUGGAAGAAUGUCGAAAGUAAAAAUAAAUAAACAUUUAAAAGUGAUUAUUAUAAUCACAAAUAUCAAAUACAUUAUAUUUUACUAUCAGAGAGAUUAUGC